AUGGUGUUUGUGGGCGAGGAAUGCGUUGUUGGCCCUCAGCCCUUGCUGGCCACCGGUUGUGCUCACAUCAUUCCCAACCCUUCCAACUUCCAACCAUGGUUGACUCAUGCACUUGCACCCCCUCUCCUGCCCCUUCUCCCCUACAUUCUGCCCCUUCUCCCCUACCUCCUCCCCUCCUCCCCUGCCAGUGCAAUAUCCAAGUCGCAACUCCAAGCACCAGAGAAUGCCACGAUUCUCCGCUUCGUCGUCCCUUACUCAGAGGCCCUCAGCAAUCCAGCCUACACCAUCUACCCGCAGAAGGUCGCUGCUGAUGGGAACUACGACUACCGCCACGGCGGCACCAUGUAUUUCGGCUGGACGCCAAUCAACUACAACCCCGGCGCUCCCAACGAAACCGUGCUGGUUGCUAAUUAUACCAUGAUUGGCGCCUUUGCUCUAACGGGCACGGCAAGGGCAUCACAGCAGUGGAAAGCGCCGCUCGACGACUUCACUGGUUACCGCGGUGCAACGGAGAUGCGGUACGGCGACUACAUGACGGCAACAAUCGACGAGGAGGGCAACGCGUGGGCGGCAGUGCAGUAUGUGGCGGGGCAGCCGCGCACCGAGUGGAGCAACUGGGCUACCUUCGUCUUCAAAGUCCACCUGCAGGGGCGGGAGGGAGAGGGGAAUGGGGAUGGGGGGAACGGGGACGGGGGAAAUGGGGACGGGGGGAAUGGGGACAGCGGGGGGAAUGGGGAUAAUGAGGGGAGUGGUGAUAACGGAGGGAAUGGGGACAACGGGGGAAAUGGGGAUCAUGAGGGGAAGUAG